CUCCACCACAGCACACCCACAGCUCUCUCUCGCCUUGCGCUCCACACCCAACAGGUCGAGCCUCAUCCCCCGCACCUCCCCACCUCGCGCUAGCGCCCCCGGCACACCUCCUUUGCGACGUACUCCCGCUUUCUGGCGUCUUCGCCUCGGCCUCGCGCUUCAGCAGCGGUGCAGCAAGCAGCCAGAGAGGCUUUCUUCGUUGCUUCCGCCUCUUCUUCGGGCCACUUCCUCUUGCGCCGCCGCCAUGCCUUGCGCCGUGCCCUCCUCCUCCUCCUCUUCGCUGUCCAGCAUAGCAGCAGCAGCAGCAGCGGCAGCAAGCGCUUCUUCUGCCUCUGAACCGACGCCCGAGCCGACACAAGGCGAGCUGCUGCGCGCCUUCUUCGCCGCACAGCAGCGCCGCCGAGCGCACUGGGCCGAGUACGACGAGGCCUUUGCCGCCCUCGCUGCGUCCGCCUCGCCCGGCGCCCACCCCACUGCAGCGGCACCAGAGCACGCCGCCGAGGCAGGCGCAUGUGGCUGUGUCGCCGCUUCGCACGUCGCGGCGCCGUUGCGAGAGCAAGACCUGCCUCGCAUCCUGGCGCUCAUCACCGCCGGCCUACUGGAUGCUUCGCACGAAGUACGCACCUGCGCCACCGCCUUACGUUCCCUCUCCUCUUCUUCCUCGUCGUCAUCAUCAGCAUCAGCAUCAGCAUCAUCAGCACCGGCGCGCCACUGCGCAGAGCUGCUCGACGCAGUGCAGGACGCAGAGAACGCCGUGCUGCGCGCCAUCGUGGCGCGCGACUCUGCGCGCCGCGACAAAGUGCGAGAUCGAAGCGAGGAGAUUGCACAGUGCGAGAGAGAGGUGGGGGAUAAGAGAAGGGACAUUGAGGAGCUGUGUGCAGAGGUUAGAGCGGAGAUGGCGGAGUUGGAGGAAUGAAAGAGAUGCGAAACGAGGGCCAAGCCGAGAGAGAAGGGGGGG